CAUUCAACCGUUCGCAUCGCGGGUGUCGUUCCGGAGCGCUGUGCUUUGCUUCGCUGUCUCCGGAGGCAACUGUUUUGUGUCCGUUACGGAUUGCUUCAUUCCGUGUUGUGUGUUUUUUUUUGUGUGUGCGGUGGCCAAGUGUGCUGAAUUAACCCAGCAGCAAGAGAAGAGAAGGAAGCAGGAAGAGGUGAAAUCAAGAAACAAAACAAAAGUGAAAGUGGCCAGGUGUUACAGAGGUGGAUUAGCAUAGUAUCGUCCGAGUGUGGAAGCCACCAGCUGAUGCGUCCCAGUGGUUGAAACGUACGGGAAAACAAAAACGUAGAAUUAUCAAUUUCGGUGAAUCAAUCGUCGAAGAGCGUGAGUGUGCCAGAUCCGUGCCAAACGAAACACGGUAGCAGCCGAAAUCAAUACCAUCCGAAAGGAUCCGGGCCGGGUGAUUGAUGAUCCAACGGAGUCACUCCUAGGUCAACCCAUCACGCCUACGCUUAUAUCAACGACGAAGCCUUCGAUGCCCUCUCAUAAUUGCUGGCAUUGAAUGAGUUACCGCGGGACCAUCCUGGUGGCACCAUAGCGAGUGAGCAAGCGAGCGAGCGAAGGACACACUUCACUUCGGCAUCCCUGCAGAUUGCGGUCAUUUCGGCGACUCCCAAGCCUCUCCAGAAGUUCCCAGUCAUCGUCGACGUCGUCGGAACCGAUCGUUAUCCACCGGUGGAAGCUGUUGAUUGUCUGCUGAUCGUGUGGCCGCCGCCAACGCCACGGGUACGAUGGGUACGUCCGGAUGGCGCCUCCGGUUGGCCGCGGUUUGGCUGACCUUCCUCGGCCCGCUCGCCAUCAAGGCAGCCGACCCCAUCGGCACGGGUGGACCGGCGAUGGUGCACGUCGGUGAGGACGCACUGCUGACCUGCGUCGUGAUGACGCCCUUCAACAACGAUACCGUCCUGUGGCGCAAAGGACCGCACGAGAUUCUGUCCGCUGGCAUGAACCGGGUGACGGGCGAUCGACGGAUCAGCGUGCUGCAUGAUGAUUCUCCUUCAGGCCGCACACCGCUCGGUGGGGACGUUUGGGUGCUGCUAAUUAAAGAGACACGCCUCAACGACUCGGACGUGUACGUGUGCGAGGUGAACAGUGACCCGAUUGUUCGGAGCUUCCAUCCACUGACAGUGCGCCAACCAAAGAAGAAGGGAGCGACGGCUUCCGGGACGGCUCGUAAUGCUACGACGGUGACGACAACCACGCCAACGUCGUCCGCCGGUUCGUCACCACCGCCAUCACCGGAAACAGGUGCGGCCGCCACGUCCGACGAGGAUGGCGGUGAUUCGUCGUCGUUCGAUGCGUACACCGACUCGGAGGAAGAGGUCAGCGCGGACGGUGUCCCGCUGGUGACGCACGAUUUCACCGACUGCUGCGUGGCCAACAAUGUGUCCAGUGGGUGUAUGGGUUUCUGUGUGCUGCACAACAUUCUCGACGGAUCGGCCGGCGUGGAGCCGGAGAUGUGCGAGAAAGAUUUCCCCGGCAUCGUGCGCUGUAUGGCGGACGGUCGUAACCAUGUGCCGUGUUGUGUGGAGAAAGGCAUUCCGGAUCUUUGCCAGGAUAUGUGCCGUGGCGAGUACACCCCCUUUACGGAUCUGCUCAAGUCACGCGUCUCCUGCGUACAGCACACACUGCCGGGGUUACAGUGCAUUCUGGAUAAUAUUCCGCGCCUUCCAUCGGAACCGCAGUCGGUUGCCGUGGAACCGUUGACCGAGCGGUCACUGCAGGUGAGCUGGUCUGCACCGGAGAAGCUGGCAGCCAGUGUGACCACGUACCGCGUUGAAGCCGUCAUGCUGCACUCGUUCGAUCAGGACUAUCUGGCGAACGAAACGGAGGCAGCGAAACAGGCGGAACCGAUGUUGACGAGUAAGGUGCUGCAGGUGCCGGCGGGUCAGAAGAGCGCCGUCCUAUCGGAUCUGUCACCGUUCACUAUGUACACUGUCACGGUGACGGCCAUUAAUGACCAUGGUUCCAGUUUGCCGAGCACACGGAUCCGGGCGUUGACGCUGGAAGGUGGUGCGGCCAGUAAGCAGACCAGCGUUGCCGUCGUACCGGUGCUGCCAGAUGUCCGCGGCUGCUGCAUGAAGAAGGGCAUCACCCACCGGACCUGCCUGGACAAGAUGUGCGACCCGGUGAAGGCAGACUUCACCGAAGUCCCCGACCUAAUGGUUUGCGCCCCGUGGGCCAACAUCACCUUCGCAUGCCUCGCCAACAACAUCGACCACACGCCGUGCUGCAAAAGCCGUGGCAUCCCCGAAGGUUGCCUCUCGUUCUGCUCCGGCACCGUCAAAGCCAUCAACUUCAACUACUUCAAGUGUCUGCAGUACAUGUCCGAGUACAGCAGUUGCCUGCUGCAGGGUUACGGUGUACUGUCCGGUCCUCCCUCGAAACUGAAAGCCCCCCUAAUCGCCAGCCACUUCGUAGUGCUCGAAUGGAAACCCCCAAAGAUCCUUCCAGACACGGUAACCGC